AUGGAGACAUUGAAAGAGAACUUGUUGGUGUUUGCAGAGGAGCAGAAGAUAAAGGCAGAGUUACCUGAGUUCUGGGUGUUUAAAGCCUUCAAUAUUCUGGUUUUUGAGACUCUGAUGGUGACCACAUCUCUGACCACAGUAUCAGACAUUGAAGGUGGUGAUGCUUUGCAGCUCAGAAAGGAACAUGCCCUCAAGAUAUUUGCUUACAUCAACUCGUGGACGCAAAGACAAUGUUUGUGCUGUUUCAAGGAAUAUAAACAUCUGGAGAUCUUUAACCAAGUGGUUUGUGCGCUGAUUAACUUGGUGAUUGCCCAAGUGCAAGCUCUGAGGGACCAGCUCUGUAAACAUUGCACUAUUCACAUAGAUCCAACAUGGCCAGAGCAGAGCCACCAUGCUGAGGAGCCCCUGAAUGUAGAGAGAGAAUCCCACCAAGAAGAAAAUGGAGAAAGACAAAAACCUCUAGAGAACAAGUUUGAUUCUGCACGAACUUGUAUCCUGGGCGAGGAGGAGCCCACCAAGAGCACAGAGCCCUUCAGCCUGUGGAGCACUGAUGAGAAGGAGAAGCUGCUGCUGUGUGUGGCAAAAAUCUUCCAGAUUCAGUUUCCUCUCUACACAGCUUAUAAGCAUAACACCCACCCCACAAUAGAGGAUAUUUCUGCUCAAGAAAGCAAUAUAUUAGGGGCGUUCUGUGAUAUGAACGAUGUGGAGGUGCCCCUGCACCUGCUGCGUUAUGUGUGCCUGUUCUGCGGCAAGAACGGGCUGGCCCUGAUGAAGGAUUGCUUCGAGUACGGCACCCCCGAGACGCUGCCCUUCCUCAUCGCGCACGCCUUCAUCACCGUGGUGUCCAAUAUCAGAAUAUGGCUACACAUCCCUGCUGUCAUGCAGCACAUUAUACCCUUUAGAACUUAUGUUAUCAGGUAUUUGUGUAAGCUGUCAGACCAGGAGCUGAGGCAGAGUGCAGCCAGGAACAUGGCAGAUUUAAUGUGGAGCACAGUCAAGGAGCCCUUGGACACAGCCCUGUGCUUUGAUAAAGAAAGCCUUGAUCUUGCAUUCAAAUACUUCAUGUCACCAACCCUGACAAUGAGAUUGGCUGGCCUGAGCCAAAUAACAAAUCAACUUCAUACCUUCAAUGAUGUGUGUAAUAAUGAGUCAUUAGUUUCAGACACAGAAACGUCAAUUGCAAAAGAACUUGCAGACUGGCUUAUCAGCAACAAUGUAGUUGAGCACAUUUUUGGACCAAAUCUACAUAUUGAGAUCAUCAAACAGUGCCAAGUGAUCCUGAAUUUUCUUGCAGCUGAAGGGAGACUUAGUACUCAACAUAUAGACUGUAUUUGGGCUGCUGCACAGCUGAAGCACUGCAGUCGGUACAUUCACGACUUGUUUCCUUCUUUGAUCAAAAACUUGGACCCUGUCCCACUCAGACACCUCCUGAACCUUGUCUCAACUCUGCACCCCAGUGCUCACACUGAGCAGACCUUGUAUUUGGCAUCCAUGCUGAUCAAAGCCCUGUGGAAUAAUGCCCUGGCAGCUAAGGCUCAGCUGUCAAAACAAAGCUCCUUUGCAUCUUUACUGAGCACCAACCUGCCCAUGGGAAACAAAAAAGAAGAAGAGGAGCUCAGAAGAGCAGCCCCUUCCCCUUGGUCACCAGCAGCAAGCCCUCAAAGUAGUGACAACAGUGACACCCAUCAGAGUGGAGGCAGUGACAUUGAAAUGGAGGAGCAGCUGAUUAACAGAACCAAACACGUCCAGCAGCGCCUUUCGGACACCGAGGAAUCCAUGCAAGGGAGCUCUGAUGAGACGGCCAAUAGCGGGGAGGAUGGCAGCAGCGGGCCUGGGAGCAGCAGCGGCCACAGCGACGGCUCCAGCAACGAGGCCAACUCCAGCCACGCCAGCCAGUCCGCGGGCAGCCCCGGCAGCGAGGCGCAGUCGGAGGACAUCGCCGACAUCGAGGCGCUCAAAGAGGAGGAGGACGAAGAGGAAGAAGACAGGAGCCACAACCCCCAGAAAGGCAGCAGGAGCACAGAUCUGCGGGGCAGAAAGCUGGAAUCGCAGGCGGGCAUGUGCCUGGCAGAUGCCCAGGGGGCCGCGGAGAGGAGCGUCAGCAGCAACGGGCAGGGCAAGGAGCGCGUGUUCGGCGCCGACGCUGUGGCGCCCGUGGACGGCCGCAUGCGCAUGCUGGACGCCUGCCCCCACAGCGAGGACACUGAGCACGACAUGGCCGGGGACAUGGGCACCGCUCACAUUUCACAGGGCUCCCAGGACUCCUGCAUCACUCACACAGGGGACUUUCUUGGGGAAACCAUUGGCAAUGAGUUGUUCAACUGUCGCCAGUUCAUUGGGCCCCAGCACCACCACCACCAUCACCACCACCACCACCACCACGACGGGCAUAUGGUUGAUGAUAUGCUUAGUGCAGAUGAUGUCAGCUGCAGUAGUUCUCAAGUCAGUGCAAAAUCAGAGAAAAAUAUGGCAGAUUUUGAUGGGGAAGAGUCUGGCUGUGAAGAAGAGCUUGUGCAGAUUAAUUCCCAUGCUGAGCUAACAUCUCAUCUUCAGCAGCACCUCCCAAACCUGGCCUCUAUCUAUCAUGAACAUCUGAGUCAAGGACCAGCAGUUCACAAACAUCAGUACAACAGCAAUGCAGUGACAGACAUUAAUCUGGAUAAUGUUUGUAAGAAGGGAAAUACCCUGCUCUGGGACCUGGUCCAGGAUGAAGAUGCAAUUCAUCUCUCUGAAGGGUUAAUAAAUGAGGCAGAGAAGCUGCUCUGUUCUUUAGUGUGCUGGUUCACUGACAGACAGAUUCGAAUGAGGUUUAUUGAAGGCUGCUUAGAAAACUUAGCAAACAACAGAUCUGUAGUAGUUUCACUUCGCCUUCUUCCCAAGCUGUUUGGAACAUUCCAGCAAUUUGGGAGCAGCUAUGACACACAUUGGAUCACAAUGUGGGCAGAAAAAGAACUGAAUAUGAUGAAACUUUUCUUUGAUAAUUUGGUACACUACAUCCAGGCAGUCAGGGAGGGGCGGCACAAACAUGCACUAUACAGCCACAGUGCAGAGGUUCAGGUUCGUCUCCAGUUCCUGACAUGUGUGUUUUCUACUCUGGGAUCCCCAGAUCAUUUCAGGUUGAGUUUAGAACAAGUGGACAUCCUGUGGCACUGUUUGGUGGAGGAUUCUGAAUGUUAUGAUGAUGCACUACACUGGUUCUUGAACCAAGUCCGGAGCAAAGACCAGCACGCCAUGGGGAUGGAGACUUACAAGCACCUUUUUUUGGAAAAGAUGCCCCAGCUAAAACCUGAAACCAUCAGCAUGACUGGCCUGAACCUCUUCCAGCACCUGUGUAACCUGGCUCGGCUGGCCACUAGCGCCUACGAUGGGGGCUCCAACUCCGAGCUGUGUGGCAUGGACCAGUUCUGGGGCAUUGCUCUGAGGGCCCAGUCUGGAGAUGUCAGUCGAGCAGCCAUCCAGUACAUCAACUCCUACUACAUCAACGGUAAAACUGGUCUGGAAAAAGAGCAGGAAUUUAUUAGCAAGUGUAUGGAGAGUCUGAUGAUAGCUUCCAGUAACCUGGAGCGAGACUCUCAUUCAAGCCUGACCAUUAUUGAAAGAGGGCUCUUGAUGCUGAAAACACACCUGGAGGCUUUCAGGAGAAGGUUUGCAUAUCACCUGAGACAGUGGCAGAUUGAAGGCACUGGCAUCAGCAGUCACCUGAAAGCCCUGAGUGACAAACAGUCUCUGCCUCUGAGGAUUGUGUGUCAGCCAGCUGGCCUUCCUGACAAGAUGACCAUAGAAAUGUACCCCAGUGACCAGGUGGCUGACCUGCGAGCAGAAGUCACGCACUGGUAUGAGAAUCUGCAGAAGGAGCAGAUCAACCAGCAGGCCCAGCUGCAGGAGUUUGGCCAAAGCAGUCGCAAGGGCGAUUUCCCUGGUGGGCUCAUGGGACCUGUGAGAAUGAUUUCAUCUGGGCACGAGCUGACAACUGACUAUGAUGAGAAAACUCUCCACGAGCUGGGCUUUAAGGACAUGCAGAUGGUGUUUGUGUCCCUGGGUGCCCCCCGGAGGGAGCGCAAAGGGGAAGGUGUCCAGCUCCCGGCCUCCUGCCUGCCUCCUCCUCAGAAGGACAACAUUCCAAUGCUCCUGCUCCUGCAGGAACCUCACCUCACCACCCUCUUCGAUUUGCUAGAGAUGCUGGCCUCUUUUAAGCCUCCUUCUGGAGAAGUGGCUAUGGAAGAUAGUGAGAGUGCAAGGUGUGAAGAGCUCCAUCUCCAUGCAGAGAACUUAUCCAGACGUGUCUGGGAACUGCUGAUGCUCCUACCAACGUGUCCUAAUAUGCUGCAGGCAUUCCAGAAUAUUUCUGAUGAGCAGGGUAAUGAUGGCUUCAGCUGGAAGGACCUUCUGCGAAUCAAAAGUGCCCACAAACUUUUGUAUGCCCUGGAGAUCAUUGAGGCUUUGGGGAAGCCCAACAGGAGGAUAAGACGGGAAUCCACGGGAAGUUACAGUGAUCUUUACCCAGACUCAGAUGAUUCAAGUGAAGAUCAAAUAGAAAACAGUAAAAACACAUGGAGCUGCAAGUUUGUUGCUGCUGGAGGGCUCCAACAGUUACUGGAAAUUUUCAAUUCUGGAAUCCUGGAGCCUAAGGAGCAGGAAUCGUGGACUGUGUGGCAGCUGGACUGUCUUGCCUGCCUGCUGAAGCUGAUCUGCCAGUUUGCAGUGGACCCCUCAGACCUGGACCUGGCUUACCACGAUGUGUUUGCCUGGUCUGGGGUGGCUGAGAGCCACAGGAAACGCGCGUGGCCGGGCAAGUCCAGGAAAACCACGAGCGACCACGUCAAGGGCCUUCACAUCCCCAGGCUGACUGAGGUGUUUCUUGUACUUGUCCAGGGAACCAGUUUGAUUCAGCGACUUAUGUCAGUUGCUUAUACAUAUGACAACUUGGCACCUAGGGUGUUGAAGGCUCAGUCUGAUCACAGGUCAAGGCAUGAAGUCACUCACUAUUCCAUGUGGCUCUUGGUGAGCUGGGCUCACUGCUGCUCCUUGGUGAAAUCCAGCCUGGCUGACAGUGACCAUUUGCAAGACUGGCUCAAGAAACUCACCCUGCUUAUUCCAGAGACUGCAGUUCGCCACGAGUCCUGCAAUGGUUUGUACAAAUUGUCUCUCUCUGGCCUGGAUGGGGGAGACUCCAUCAAUCGCUCCUUUCUGCUGCUGGCUGCAUCAACCUUGCUGAAAUUCCUCCCUGAUGCUCAAGCUCUGAAACCAAUUAGGAUAGAGGAUUAUGAGGAGGAAGCUGUGCUGAGACCUGGUUGUAAGGAGUAUUUCUGGCUGCUGUGCAAACUGAUUGAUAACAUCCAUGUCAAAGAUGCAAGUCAGACAACCCUGCUUGAUCUGGAUGCUCUGGCCAGACACCUCGCUGACUGCAUUAGGAGCAGGGAGAUCCUGGACCACCAGGAUGGGAACAUCGAGGACGAUGGGCUCACAGGGCUGCUGCGCCUCGCCACCAGCGUCAUCAAGCACAAACCUCCUUUCAAAUUCUCCCGGGAGGGCCAGGAGUUUCUGAGGGACAUCUUCAACCUGCUGUUCUUGCUGCCCAGCCUGAAGGACAGGCAGCAGCCCAAGUGCAAGUCCCACUCCUCCAGGGCUGCUGCCUAUGACUUGCUGGUGGAAAUGGUGAAAGGCUCAGUGGAGAACUACAGGCUGCUGCACAACUGGGUCAUGGCACAGCACAUGCAGUCCUCCCAUGCCCCUUACAAGUGGGAUUACUGGCCCCACGACGACGUCCGUGCUGAGUGCAGGUUUGUGGGCCUGACCAACCUUGGAGCCACGUGUUACCUGGCCUCCACCAUCCAGCAGCUCUACAUGAUCCCAGAGGCCAGGCAGGCCAUCUUCACUGCAAAGUAUUCAGAAGAUAUGAAACACAAGACCACUCUGCUGGAACUCCAGAAGAUGUUUACAUACCUAAUGGAAAGUGAAUGUAAGGCUUACAACCCAAGGCCUUUCUGCAAAACCUACACCAUGGAUAAGCAGCCCUUGAACACCGGAGAGCAGAAGGACAUGACUGAGUUCUUCACUGACCUGAUAACAAAAAUAGAGGAAAUGUCUCCAGAGCUGAAAAACACGGUGAAAAGUUUGUUUGGAGGUGUUAUCACAAACAACGUCGUUUCUUUGGACUGUGAGCACGUGAGUCAGACAGCUGAGGAGUUCUACACAGUGAGGUGCCAGGUGGCAGACAUGAAGAAUAUUUAUGAAUCUCUUGAUGAAGUAACUAUUAAAGACACCUUGGAAGGUGACAACAUGUACACGUGUUCUCACUGUGGGAAGAAAGUGCGGGCUGAGAAAAGGGCUUGUUUUAAGAAACUACCUCGAAUCUUAAGCUUCAACACCAUGAGAUACACUUUUAAUAUGGUGACCAUGAUGAAGGAGAAAGUCAACACCCAUUUUUCAUUCCCUUUACGUCUGGAUAUGACACCCUACACUGAAGAUUUCCUCAUGGGAAAAAACGACAGGAAAGAAGGUUUUAAGGAAGAUGGUGGAUAUCUGAAGGAAACUGAGAGUUAUGAGUAUGACCUGAUUGGUGUGACAGUUCACACAGGAACAGCAGAUGGGGGCCACUACUACAGUUUUAUCAGGGACAUUGUCAAUCCUCAUGCUUACAAGAACAACAAGUGGUACCUUUUCAAUGAUGCUGAAGUUAAACCCUUUGACUCUGCCCAGCUUGCUUCUGAGUGCUUUGGUGGAGAAAUGACUACAAAAACUUAUGAUUCUGUUACUGAUAAGUUUAUGGACUUCUCCUUUGAAAAGACACACAGUGCUUACAUGCUGUUUUAUAAACGGAUGGAGCCAGAGGAGGAAAAUGGCAAAGACUACAAAUUUGAUGUUUCAUCAGAAUUGCUGGAGUGGAUAUGGCAUGAUAAUAUGCAGUUCCUUCAAGACAAGAACAUUUUUGAACAUACAUAUUUUGGGUUUAUGUGGCAGUUGUGUAGUAGCAUCCCAAGUACACUACCAGAUCCCAAAGCGGUUUCUCUGAUGACAGCAAAGUUAAGCACUUCCUUUGUACUAGAGACAUUUAUUCAUUCAAAGGAAAAGCCUACAAUGCUUCAGUGGAUUGAACUGUUAACAAAACAGUUUAAUAACAGUCAGGCAGCUUGUGAAUGGUUUUUGGAUCGUAUGGCUGAUGAUGAUUGGUGGCCAAUGCAGAUUCUAAUAAAGUGUCCCAAUCAGAUUGUGAGGCAGAUGUUCCAGCGCUUGUGCAUCCACGUGAUCCAGAGGCUGAGGCCAGUGCAUGCUCACCUCUAUCUGCAGCCAGGAAUGGAAGACUGCUCUGAUGACAUGGACGGGCCCGUGGAGGACAUCGGCAGCCGCUCGUGCGUGACGCGCUUCGUCAAGACGCUGCUGUCCAUCAUGGAGCACGGCGUCAAGCCCCACAGCAAGCACCUCACCGAGUACUUCGCCUUCCUCUACGAGUUUGCCAAAAUGGGAGAGGAGGAGAGCCAGUUCUUGCUCUCUCUGCAAGCCAUAUCCACCAUGGUCCACUUCUACAUGGGAACCAAGGGGCCUGAGAAUCCCCAGGUGGAAGUGCUUUCUGAGGAAGAAGGGGAGGAAGAGGAGGAAGAGGAAGAUAUCCUUUCUUUAGCAGAAGAGAAGUACAGGCCUGCUGCUCUUGAAAAGAUGAUUGCCCUGAUUGCUCUUCUGGUGGAACAGUCUCGCUCAGAAAGGCAUUUGACCUUGUCCCAAAACGACAUGGCAGCACUGACAGGAGGAAAGGGUUUCCCUUUUUUAUUCCAACAUAUCCGUGAUGGGAUCAACAUCAGGCAAACGUGCAACCUCAUCUUCAGCCUGUGCCGCUACAACAACCGCCUGGCAGAGCACAUUGUGUCCAUGCUGUUCACAUCUAUAGCAAAGCUGACUCCUGAGGCAGCCAAUCCUUUUUUCAAAUUGCUGACCAUGCUGAUGGAAUUUGCUGGUGGACCUCCAGGAAUGCCACCCUUUGCUUCUUACAUCCUGCAGAGGAUAUGGGAGGUGAUUGAGUACAACCCCUCUCAGUGCCUGGACUGGCUGGCUGUGCAAACCCCUCGGAAUAAACUGGCUCACAGCUGGGUCCUGCAGAACAUGGAGAACUGGGUGGAGCGCUUCCUCCUGGCACACAACUACCCUCGAGUGAGAACUUCCGCAGCCUAUCUCUUGGUGUCGCUUAUUCCGAGCAAUUCCUUCCGUCAGAUGUUCCGCUCGACGCGCUCCCUGCACAUCCCCACGCGGGACCUGCCCCUCAGCCCCGACACCACUGUAGUCCUGCACCAGGUCUACAACGUGCUCCUGGGCCUGCUCUCGCGGGCCAAGCUCUACGUGGACGCCGCCGUGCACGGCACCACCAAGCUGGUGCCCUACUUCAGUUUCAUGACCUACUGCCUGAUCUCCAAAACCGAGAAGCUCAUGUUCUCCACCUACUUCAUGGACUUAUGGAACCUCUUCCAGCCCAAGCUCUCGGAGCCGGCCAUCGCCACCAAUCACAACAAGCAGGCCCUGCUGUCCUUCUGGUACAACGUGUGCGUGGACUGUCCUGAGAACGUGCGCCUGAUCGUUCAGAACCCCGUGGUGACCAAGAACAUCGCCUUCAACUACAUCCUGGCCGACCACGACGACCAGGACGUGGUGCUCUUCAACCGUGGCAUGCUGCCCGCCUACUAUGGCAUCCUGCGCCUGUGCUGCGAGCAGUCGCCCGCCUUCACCCGCCAGCUGGCCUCCCACCAGAACAUCCAGUGGGCCUUCAAGAACCUCACCCCCCAUGCCAGCCAGUACCCUGGGGCAGUAGAGGAGCUGUUUAACCUCAUGCAGCUGUUUGUAGCUCAGAGGCCAGACAUGAGAGAGGAGGAGAUCGAGGACAUCAAGCAAUUCAAGAAAACCACCAUCAGCUGUUACCUGCGCUGCCUGGACGGACGCUCCUGUUGGACAACUCUCAUAAGUGCCUUCAGAAUAUUAUUAGAAUCUGAUGAAGACAGACUUCUCGUUGUGUUCAAUAGAGGAUUGAUUCUGAUGACUGAGUCCUUUAACACGUUGCACAUGAUGUACCACGAGGCCACAGCUUGCCACGUCACGGGAGACCUGGUGGAGCUCCUGUCCAUUUUCCUCUCUGUUCUGAAAUCCACACGGCCCUACCUGCAAAGAAAAGAUGUGAAGCAAGCUCUCAUUCAGUGGCAGGAGAGGAUUGAAUUUGCCCAUAAGCUGUUGACUCUGCUCAAUUCCUACAGCCCUCCUGAGCUGAGAAAUGCCUGCAUUGAUGUCCUCAAGGAGCUUGUACUUUUAAGUCCUCAUGAUUUCCUACAUACUCUGGUUCCAUUUCUACAGCACAAUCAUUGUACAUACCACCACAGUAAUAUCCCAAUGUCUCUUGGACCUUAUUUUCCAUGUCGUGAAAAUUUGAAAUUAAUAGGGGGGAAAAGCAAUAUUCGUCCUCCACGGCCCGAGCUCAACAUGUGCCUCUUGCCCACCAUGGUGGAAGCCAGCAAGGUACAGUGGUCGCAAGGACACACUGGGUGCAGGCACAGCCCCAGUGGACACAGCUAUUCAGAAAGAAUCCAAUCUCCUGCACAUGGGGCCUAUGUGCACGUAGAUGGGAAUCUGUGUGGGCAACACAUUUCGAAGAAGCACGGUUACUGUAGGGGCAAGGACGAUGUUUACGACCGGAUGCUGCUGGAUUAUUUCUUCUCCUACCACCAGUUUAUCCACCUCCUGUGUCGGGUUGCAAUCAACUGUGAAAAGUUCACUGAAACUUUAGUGAAAAUGAGUGUCCUGGUUGCUUAUGAAGGUUUGCCUCUUCACCUUGCACUCUUCCCCAAGCUCUGGACUGAGCUGUGCCAGACUCAGUCUGCAAUGUCCAAGAACUGUGUGAAGCUCCUCUGUGAAGAUCCCGUUUUUGCAGAAUAUAUCAAAUGUAUUCUGAUGGAUGAAAGGACCUUUCUUAACAACAACAUUGUCUACACGUUUCUGACACACUUUCUCCUCAAGGUGCAAGGGCAAGUAUUUUCUGAAGCAAACUGUGCCAACUUAAUCAACACUUUAAUUACAAACCUAAUAAAUCAGUAUCAAAGCCUAGAAUCUGACUUCAGCAACCAGAGAGUUGAAAUUUCCAAAGCAAGCUCUACAUUAAACGGGGACCUCCGAGCACUUGCCUUGCUGCUUUCGGUGCACACUCCCAAACAGCUCAACUCGGCCCUGAUCCCAACUUUACAGGAGCUUUUAAACAAAUGUAGAGCUUGUCAGCAACAGAGGAACUCAUUACAAGAGCAAGAAGCCAAAGAAAGAAAAACUAAAGUCCAUCUCGGCCGUUUUAUCCGACCUGGCGGACUUGCGGAGCUGCGAUGGCCAAGCCUUACCGCCGCAGGACCCCGACAGUAAUUUAUCAAUCAGUUGCGGCCAUUCCAGAGGACUUUUUAGUCACAUGCAGCAGCAUGACAUUUUAGACAUCCUGUGCAGGACCAUUGAGUCUACGAUUCACGUGGUCACACGGAUAUCCGGGAAAGGAAACCAAGCUGCUUCUUGACAUUAGAUGGAGCAUGUCUGCUUUUAAGUCUUCUUUUUUUUUUUUUAAAAAGAAUCCUUCUUCCCCCAAAAAAUGCUGUUUGUAUAAGUUUUGCUUAUUUCUGUUUUGUGCUUCAGUUUGUCCAGUGCUCUCUGCUUGAAUGGCAAGAUAGAUUUAUAUGCUUAAUUCUUGGUCAGGCAGAACUCGAGAUUAUUUUUUUUAAAUUUUAUUUUAUUUUGCAUCUACCGUACACUUUCUUAAAGGGCAAUCAGAUAAUGGCUAUGUUUUAUGUAAUUAAGAGUUCACUGUAGUGGCUUUCAUUUAAUAUGGCUGUCUGGGAGACAGGGCCUCCUGGCCCUGUAUGAUGUAAUUUAAACUUAUGGCAUUUUUACUGUGUAUAAUAUGGUGUCCUCUGUGCCAGUUUUGUACCUUAUAAUCGAGGCAGAUUGCCUCAGAUCGCUGUGGUUCUUAUUAUCAAAAUUAAGUUUACUUGUAUACUAAACAACCACAAGAAAUUUGAUUCUGUAAAGAAUCCUCUUUAGCUGUGGCCUGGCAGUAUAUAUAUGGUGCUUUAUUUAACAGAAUACCUGUGGAGGAAAUAAAGCACACUUGAUGUAAAAUUAAUUGUUUUAUUUUUAUUGACAUGAUCAAUUGCUAUUCUGUGCACUUCAUUAAACUGAUUGUGAUGACUUUUCA